GCGCGACCAACUCUGAUCUUGGCAUCAUUCAGAGGUGACUGAUGGCCAAUGACUGGAUGCCUCCAGCUUGCCAGAUCUUGACGACAGGACCACAACUUUGCUGCCUCGACUUUGGCAUCCCAGUGAAGUAACUAUCCGAGUGAAAGAAGAAGCAACCAAGACAACCACAAGCAAGUGUUUUCUAUUACUAGCUAGUUUAGUAGAAGGAUAAGAGAAGAACCAUGGAUCUGUUGAAGGAUCUGAGUAUCGAUAAGAUUCGCAAUGCUGCCGAGGAUGCUUUGAAUCAAGUGAAACCCAAAACCGAUGUGGAAGCUCGUGUCUACGAAGUACUGUCCCACAAAAACUGGGGCGCUGCCAGUUCCAUCAUGAACCAGAUUGCCCGUGAUACCUGGGAUUACGAAAAGUUUGCCAUUAUCACCCGCAUCAUGUGGGAAAAUAUCGAGACGCAGCGUCCUUCGGCCUGGCGGGUCAUUUUCAAGGGACUGACACUCUGCGAACAUCUCGUCAAGAAUGGCAGCGAACGAUGCGUCGACGAUGCCCGCAAUCACGGACACGUCCUUCGAAAAUUGCAUCAAUUCAAUUACUACGAAGGCACCAUUGAUCGAGGAUUGGGCGUUCGUGAAAAAUCCAAACAGUUGGUCGAAAUGCUCAGUGAUAACGAACGCAUCCGUGAAGAACGACAAAAGGCACGCAAGUUGCGCGAAAAAUUCCAAGGAAAAAAUGCCACGGCGGCCGGUGGUGGUGGUGGCACUGGAUAUUCGGGUGGAGAUGGAUGGAAUACUGGAGGAGGAGGAGGUGGAGGAGACAAUUGGAAUUCGGGUGGAGGAGGUAAUGAUUGGAAUUCGGGCGGAGGUGGCGGCGGAUAUGCACAAGGUGGUAUUGAUAGUGGAAGCAAUGCCAGAGGGCGCUAUGACGAUGAUAGAGGAACUUCAGCAGCAGCAGCAGCAGCAGGACCUACGUUUGCUCAGGUGCCGCCCAAGAAGAAAACUGGAACCAAGAAGGUUAAGAAAAAGAAGGCCCCGCUCCCCACUCCCUCUGCUGCCUCACCGGCCCCGGCUCCGGCUCCUGAUGUAGAUCUGUUCUCGUUUGGAGACGAUUCCCCAGCUCCUGCUGCGGCAGCGGCGGAUGAUGAUUUUUCUGGAUUCCAAUCCGCUUCGGGAGGCGGUGGCGCCGAUCCCUUUGGUGGUGAUCCAUUUGCGGCUGCACCUGCCAGUGCCCCCACUAGUACUAGCGCCGUGGGAGGACAGCAGCAGCAACCUGAUCCGUUUGCAGCGCCGCAACAAUCUCAACCAACCAGUAUGAAUAACAUGACGAACAUGUUUGGAAACAUGGGCAUGGACGGUGGCGCUGCUGCCGGUGGCAUGAUGAAUAAUCCCAUGAUGGCCAAUAACAACAUGAUGGGCGUCAACAACAACAUGAUGGGAGGAGGAAUGAUGGGCGCCAACAACAACAAUGCCAUGAUUGGCGCCAACAAUAAUGUCAUGGGCGGAGCUAUGAUGGGUGGCGCACCAAUGAUGGGUGGUGGUGCGGCUCCAGCCCCCCCAGCCGACGAUGAUGACUUUGGUGAUUUUGAAGGGGCAUCGGGAGGAAUGGCUGCCUCGACACCUGCUGCUGCCGCAAGUAGCAAGUCGUCCGAUCCAUUUGGUUCGCUAGUUUCGUUGGACGGAUUGUCCAAGAAUCCCAAAAAGGAAAAUAAGCUUGAACAGCCCAUCAUUUCCAACGCAGCAGCUGCGCAAUAUAUGCAAGAUAAGCAACACGGCGUUGGUGUAGCGGCACCCCAGGACGCUGCGAGGAGUGCCGCCAUGUCAUUUGCUGGAAUUGAUGGAUUACAAAAGACCCCUGCUGCUGCCCCCAUGGGAAUGGCCAUGGGAGGUGGCAUGGGUAUGGGUGGUGGAAUGUCGUCUCCAGCCGCUUCCGGAGGAAUUAACCCAAAUGUCAUGGGCAGUGGAGGUGGAAAUGCCAGUUUGAUUGGAGCGUUGGAUCCUCAGGCCAUGAUUCCCCAGAAACAACCGCAGCAGCAGCAACAGGGAAUGCCAGCAGGAGUUAUGAACCAGCAAAUGAUGAUGAUGAUGAUGCAAAACCCUCAAAUGAUGCAGCAAAUGAUUGCAAGUGGUCAGAUGACCCCCCAACAGCAGCAACAAAUGAUGCAGAUGAUGAUGAUGUCCCAACAAAUGAUGGGUGGACAAGGAGGCAACAUGAUGGGCGGACAAGGGGGCAACAACAUGAUGGGCGGACAAGGAGGCCAAAUGGGUGGUCAACCCGGCGGCUUCGGAGGUUUCUAAGAAUUGCUUCGCCAGUACUCGUUGCGCCUUGCUGAAGAUAUCACAACUCCACCCAUGUUCAUCUACCCACCAAUCUGCACACUCAGCGUUAAUCCGGUUACGGAAGAUAGAAAUUUGCUUGACUGUUGACGUUGCGCGCAGCUCUGCCGGAGUUGUCUCGGUUGUGCCGCAAGUCAUUGUGUUGUUUUCUGUUUUUUACGUUGGUGGUCUAUCAAUUCAUUUUAUUUUAUGUUUCUCUAUUCUAGAAAUGAAAAGGCGAGCAAUUCGUCCGGAAAGCACUACACAAAGUACUCGUAGGUGGCGCUCACGACACACUUGUCUCCUGUGGGCGAUUCUGCUGUGGCCGUUGCCAGCGCAUAAAAGUGAUCGCUGUCAUUGGCCUUGAGUUCCACAGACCAGUCCAAGACGGUGGGAUUCUCAAACUGGAUGUCUUGACCGGGUUCCAUGUGCAGAUCGUCAAAGGCUGGAAGACCACUGGUUGCCAUUGUCACUCGCUUCAACGUCCACGUCGUAGCCUGGUUCAGCUUCUGGAUUCGAACAUCCACUCCCACAUUCAUUGCGGACGGUGGCGCUUCUGCUGACAACCCGCAUCCUUCUUCGUGGCAGACGAUCUCGAUAGAAAGGUUUUGUUCACACGCCUGAAGCUGGCGGGGAGCUCCGCGAGUUCCAGCGGCCUGGCAUGUGCCGGAGAGAAGCGUCGCGAAGAUCAUAAUGCUGGCGAAAAGGUUGAAGGUAACAGAGAUGCUCAUUGUUGGUUCGUUGGCUGCUUCUGAGUAUUGUUGUGCUUGUUGCUUUGUCGUUUUUGUUUUUGUGAGAAUACUCGGAGGCUUGAUCAUCAGGAACCCGACGAUGGGUCCAACUGGGAGCGGAGCAGUGCAUGCCUGUUCCGAUAUUUUGGGCCAGUGUGCAUUGUUGCACGAUCAACUCCCACAGCUUCCUGCACCAAGCAUGCCUGCGCAUGCUCAUGCACGCAUUGAUGUUGCAUGCAAUCAUUCUGUGCAUGUCGGGGGUUGGGGUAAACCUUUUGAAAUUGGCAAAACCAAUCAAUCUUCCGAAGCAGCCAUAAGGAUUGUUAGUCCCUCUGAACUGCCAGUAUGCAUAGAAGAUGCUGGCCGCACAGACCAUAUUAUCUGUGAAUCGAAUCAUAGAACCUUUUCAGCAGGUUCAAAUUUCCAGACCAAUCCUUUCUCCUUUUUUGUCAUUGCUGGAGUGGAGCCAAUCCAGGAAAACCUUCAAAUUUCGAUUCUACCAGAAAUAUGGUGGAACUACCAAUAUAUUACUUUCGUACGGUUCUUUACGGUACCCUGAGGUGCUGGGCAAGGCACCCGUAUGAUUGCAGGUCGAAACAGCCCAUACAGUUUCUGCCCCCCGCAGGAGCAUGUCUCGGACCCAAGCGCCUACAGAGAGGUAUGCAAAGUUCGAAUAGGAUUUUCAUUCUUUUUCUCGUUGUUGCUGAUGAUUUCUCUAGUAGUGGAUUUACAACACACAGUUGUCAGGGUAAUUGUCGUACCAGUACGUGACGCCACGAAUCUUCAAUCUCAAGAGCACACAAGGUCGAUUGAUGGUCAUGACAUCGUCACAAUGAAGGAAAC